AUGGCGAGCGUCAUGGCUGCCCACUUUAAACCAUACGGCUGGAUUUGCCGGGCCGUGGGCCUAUUCUUCGUGCAAGGCCUGCAGUCCAAGAGCGUCCGCGACGUACGCGUCUCGUGGAAGACCUGGUACGCCUUGUACUCGGUCGUCUGCCUGCUCUGCUUCGCCGCUGGUGAGGCCGCCGUGGCCGUGUCCAACGUGCGACGCAUCUACUUCAAAGUCCGCUCCUUCACGAAGUCCAUGAUCCUGGUCAUCUUCGCCGUGAUGGUGGUAAAGGUGACAGUUAACGUGGCAACGGCCUUCAUCGGCUCCCGGGGCAUGGCCGCGUUCUUCCGGAAGUCGGCGGAAUACGAAAAGAGGACGGCGUUCACGCGGGACAUCACCGCUUCAGAUCCUGGAUAUCGUAUCUUCUCAGACAUAACGCAUGCCGCACUCAGCGCAAUGACUAAAACGAAGUGCCACUACCGCAGGUUCUUCUUCGUGGUUACCUUCUUCGCCCACAUCGUGGUGAGCGCCAACCUGAGCGCGCGGGCGGUGGACGUAGCCGGAGACCAGUUCCUCCAAUUCACGCUCAAAGCCGGAGUACUGCUGUUCAACUCGCUGUGCUUCGUCUACGACGUCCUGCACUUCGUGGCCCUGAGGCCCUGCUGCGAGGUGCUCUUGUCCUACAUACGCCACCAACACGACACUCUCAAGGCGAUGCUUGUGACCGGCAACGCGGCCAUCGUCAAACUCACAGGAGCCGACGACAACGGCGACCUGGAGAUGGUGAGGGUCAACCUGUGCUCCAUCGCGGAGCUGAAGAAGCUGCUCAACGACGUCUGGCAGUACUCGAUCGUGGCCUCGGCGACCGUGGUCCUGAUAAUCACGUGCGUUUGCACGUACUGCCUGUUCGACGAAGGCAUAAGCACGGAGCAGCUCCUGCUGACCAUGUCCUACUGUUUCUACUCGGCCGUCGACUUCGCCGACGUGGCGCGGUUGAGUCAGAAGAUGUCUAAUGAGCUCCGAGAACUGAAGGAAUACCUGGUGAAGGUGUCUAUGUUCCACGAGUCGCCAGCUCGUUGCGCUCAAGUUGCAUACCUGCACAAUUCCAUCCAUCCCGAGGAAAUGUACCUCACCGGGGGAAGCUAUUUCAAGCUUAAUAUGCCACUUCUGGUGUCGCUGGCCGGAUCAAUCAUAACCUACUCCGUCAUCCUGGUGCAAACGAGCGACAGCGUCGACCAUCAGACGCUUCCAAGGACGAACCACAGUGGCACCCCCUGAAA